AUGUCGAUGACCGGCUAUAUUUUCCGCAUUUAAAAAUUAUUAUUCAAUUCGCAUUCAUUUUCGUUCGUCUAAGAAAAAGAAAAUCAAAAACGUAUUUUUGUGAGAAACCAAAAAAAAAAAAAAAAAAAUUAACACGCUUCCUUUUUUUUUUGCUACUAACUGAGUUUUGAAAAUUUGUUGAAUACAAAUUCGUUAUUUUAAUGGCCAGUGGCUAUCUGUGAAGUGCAUCUCUGUUUGGAAAAGAAUAUUUAAGUAUAUUAAAAAGGCUUUAUUUUAAACAAAAGAAAAUUCCUUAUUCAAAACCAUAAUAAGAAUUCCAACCUCGCCAAGUGCUAAAAAGUGAAUUGAAAUAUUUAUUUAUUUUGUUUUUGGUUUUCUGUUAUUGUGUCCGUAGACAAAGAGGAUUUGUUGUUUAUUUUCGUUUGCACCACCUUGAAAAUGUUCAACAGCUGUGCAACUAAUCUGUGAUAUGCACUGAUUUGAAAACGAUCUGCUGAAUGACAACACCGAUUGCGGUUGGAAAAUCAUAAGCCUGUAGAAGUUCUUUGCUUGCAGAAGCAUUAGGAAAAAAAUUAAAAAAAUUAAUAUUUUUGUGACUGUGAUCGUUUGAACGAGUACUCCGUAGCCCACCAUGGAACUGGAAAUGGAAACAAGUAAAAUGCUGAAAAGCAAUACCGUGCGCAGCAUACCCAUCGAAUUUACAGAUCUCACCUAUCAAGUUAAUGUGCCAAAGCAAAAAGAAAAGAAAACUGUACUUAAAGGUAUAUCGGGAACUUUCUUACCCGGCGAAUUAACAGCCAUUAUGGGACCCUCCGGAGCUGGCAAAUCUAGUUUAAUGAAUAUUUUAACAGGAUUCACGAAAACCGGUGUUACGGGCACAAUCAAGUUUGGCGAUGCUCCCAAGGCCCGAAAAUUAUGCUGUUACAUAAUGCAAGAUGAUCAUUUCUAUGCCUGGUUUACCGUUGAAGAGACCAUGAUGCUGGCGGCCAGUUUAAAAAUAUCCAAUGAAUCGAUGCCCAUACGAGAUCGAAAAUUAUUGAUUGAACAAAUUUUGGAAACCUUGAAAUUGACAAAAACAAAACAUACACGUUGCAGCCGAUUAUCCGGUGGCCAGAAAAAACGUUUAUCAAUUGCCUUGGAACUAAUUGAUAAUCCCGCCGUAUUAUUUUUAGAUGAGCCAACAACAGGUCUUGACAGUUCCAGUUCCUUUGACACCAUUAAACUUCUACAGAAACUGGCCAGUCACGGUCGCACAAUUGUCUGUACCAUCCAUCAGCCGUCCUCGAACAUUUACAAUCUUUUCAAUCAAAUCUAUGUGAUGAGUCAGGGCUAUUGCACCUAUCAGGGAACACCAGAUCGAACGGUGGACUAUUUUAAAUCAAUUGGUUUGGAAUGUCCUCCCUAUCAUAAUCCUGCCGAUUUUUUGCUUGAAUGUGUCAACGGUGAUUAUGGUGACUAUACAAUGGCCCUGGCCGAGGCGGCCCAAAAACCGGAAUGGCGUCACGACUAUAAUCGCAGCCGGCCUGCAAUUAUGGCCAGUGAUAAAAUUGUUGAGGCCAAUUUGGGAAUUACCAGCAAUGGCAAAGUUUUACAUGCCCAGGAAACGUUUAGUAACAACAGUAGUCACUUGUAUCCACCACCGGAAUGGAUGCGUCUAUGGCUGUUGAUCGGUCGUUGUCAUGUUCAAAUCUUUCGGGAUUGGUCUCUGACCCACAUCAAACUUCUUAUGCACAUCUUAUGCGCCAUUAUCAUUGGUCUUCUUUUCGGCGAUUCCGGAUCAAAUGCCGACAAACAACUAUCGAAUUUUGGUUCUUAUUUGGUUCACACGCUCUAUCUGUGGUACACCACCAUAAUGCCGGGAGUUUUGAGAUUUCCCCAAGAAAUUGCCAUCAUCAAGAAGGAAUCGUUUAAUAACUGGUACAAACUAAGAACAUUUUAUUUGGCCUCACUGAUAACCUCAACGCCAGUUCAUAUCAUCUUAUCCACCGUGUAUAUGACAAUUACAUAUUUAAUGACCGACCAGCCCCUGGAAGUGGAUCGUUUUGUCAAAAUGAUCCUGACAAGCAUGAUGCUUACAAUAUGUGCCGAUGGCUUGGGUAUAUUUUUGGGAACAAUAUUGAAUCCUGUGAACGGUACCUUUGUGGGAGCUGUUGCCACAUGUUUCAUGAUGAUCUUCUCUGGAUUCUUGAUAUUGCUGACACACAUGUCCGAUUUUAUGCGAAUGAUAUCGUAUGUAUCACCCAUACGUUACGGCCUGGAAAAUAUGGUAUUGGCCAUGUAUUCAAAUAAUCGACAAGACACCAUAUGCCCGGAUGAUGUUCUAUAUUGUCAUUUCAAAAACGCUGCAACUGUCCUGAAAAGUUUUGGCAUGGAAAAUGGCAAUUAUGGCAUGAAUUUGGGUAUCUUGGUACUACAGCUGGUCAUCUACAAAUCAUGUGCCUAUUUUACGUUAAAACGGCAAGUUAAACGUCAAUAGGACGAGAGCUGUUUUACAUUGGAAAAAUCUACUUGUUGUGUGUGACGAUCUACAAAGGCCGCACAAGAACAAUGCCACAAAUUAGUAUUAGUAGACAUAUACAUAUACUUUGUUAUAUAAAUUUUCAUAUACAUUUGUAUGUAUUUAGAUGUAAGACUAGUUGUUAAAUAGUAUAUAAGUUCCAUCUUUUUUGCGAACAAAUUCGGCGAAUGAAAUUCGACUGCAAAAAUCGAUUUAAAAUCCAAUGUGAUUGUGCGAUUUGUUAUUACGAGAACUUGUUUACACUUUUGAAAAUUUGUUAUUUAUAACCUAAAAAAAUCACUCGAGUACUCAGGUCAUUAUAAUUAGAAGUGCCUUAUAUUUAUGCGGUCCAGAAUGGUGGCCAAAUCUAGAAUUGGAUUACAUAUAAACCCCAUUAUGAUUUUGUAUUUGCCAGCGCAUUUUGCAAACAAAUUUAUUUUUCAUUCGAACGUGGCUGUUAAUUUAUUGUUUAGCUAAUAUGAAAUGGUGUUUCUUUUUCUAUUCUCUAAAGUUAUUGUUUAGAUUAUGUAAGUAUCUCAAAGAAAAAUAAAAUAAAUAGUUAA